AUGAAGGUUCUCCUCCUCCUCUUCCUCCUCGCCCAGCUUGGCUCCUCAUCGCUGGUCCCUGAGAGGGAAAAGGACCCCGAGUACUGGCGGGCGCAGGCGCAGGAGACCCUGCGGGAGGCUCUGAGGCUCCAGCGCCUCAACCAGAACGUGGCCAAGAACCUCAUCCUGUUCCUGGGCGACGGCAUGGGAGUCUCCACCGUCACGGCUGCCCGCAUCCUCAAGGGGCAGCUGCAGAACCGCCAGGGCGAGGAGAGCCUGCUGGAGAUGGAGAAGUUCCCCUACGUCGCCUUGGCCAAGACAUACAACACCAACGCUCAGGUGCCCGACAGCGCGGGCACAGCCACCGCCUACCUCUGCGGCGUCAAAGCCAACGAGGGGACCGUGGGCGUCAGCGCCGGCGUCACCCGCGACCGCUGCAACACCACCAAGGGCCAGGAGGUCACCUCCAUCCUCCGCUGGGCCAAGGAUGAAGGCAAGGCCGUGGGCAUCGUCACCACCACGCGCGUGACCCACGCGACGCCCAGCGCCGCCUACGCCCACUCUGCCAACCGCGACUGGUACUCGGAUGGGGAGAUGCCCCCGGACGCGCUGGAGGGCGGCUGCAGGGACAUCGCCCGGCAGCUGGUGGAGAACAUCCCUGACAUCGAGGUGAUCUUGGGCGGUGGGCGGAAAUACAUGUUCCCCAAAAACGCCAGUGAUGUGGAGUAUCCCCAGGAGGAGAAGCAUCGGGGCACCCGCCUGGAUCGCAGGGAUCUUGUCCAGGCCUGGCACGAUGCCAAGCCCCCCGGCAAGGAGGCCAAGUACGUGUGGCACCGGCGGGACCUGCUGGCACUCAACCUCAGCCGUGUGGAUUUCCUCCUGGGCCUCUCAGAGCCGGGUGACAUGGUGUAUGAGCUGGACAGGAAUAACCAGACGGACCCGUCCCUCACCGAGAUGGUGGCCGUGGCCAUCAGGAUGCUCCAGAAAAACCCCCGGGGGUUUUUCCUCCUGGUUGAAGGUGAGGGUGGGAGGGGCAAAGGAGGA